UUUUUCUGUUUUGGUCCCGCCUCUUUUAUGGACACACGGAGAGAGAGAGAGAAAGAGAGACGUUAUAAAUACAGCUCAGGCGUUCGUCUUUUCCGUUUCGUUUUCCGCUGUAAUUGAAUUCCCUGAUGUUAUUUAGCUCUCAUGGCGGAUUUUGUGUCUCGCCUCUUAUUAUUGUGUGUUUUCUCUGCGGUUGUUUGGAGCUCUGUACUGGCCGCGCGCAGUGAUGUGAUGGAGCUGAAGGACUUGGAUUUUGACUACAUAGCCGCCGAGCAGGAGACCAUGCUGGUCAAGUUUUAUGCUCCCUGGUGUGGCCACUGUAAGAAACUCGCUCCUGAGUUUGAAUCUGCUGCUGCAAGACUUAAAGGCAUCGCAACUUUAGCCAAGGUGGACUGUACGUCAAACACGGAGGUUUGUGGGCGAUUUGGGGUCACCGGAUACCCUACUCUUAAACUAUUUAAGAACGGGGUGGAAACAUCGACCUAUGAUGGUCCUCGUUCAUCAGAUGGAAUCGUGGACCAGGUGAAAAAGCAGGCGGGGCCCGACUCCAUGCUGCUGAACAGUGAAAAAGACCUGGAGGACUUCAUCAGCCACUUUGAUCCUAGCGUGGUCGGAGUGUUUGAGAGCAGCGACAGUCCACAGCUGGUGGAGUUUCUGAAAGGAGCUAACCUGAUGAGGGACAGCUUCCGCUUCGCUCACACCACCGACAUGCAGCUCGGCCUCAAAUACGAGCUCACGGCAGAGGGUGUCCUGUUAUUCAGGCCUCCCAGGUUGGCCAGUAAGUUUGAGGACAGCGUGGUUCGACACAGAGGCUCGUUUUCCAUCACUGGUUUACGCCGCUUCAUCAGAGACAACAUUUACGGAAUCUGCCCACACCUGACCAAAGAAAAUAAAGAUCAACUGAGGAAGAGAGACCUGCUGACGGCGUAUUAUGACCUGGAUUAUCGACGCAACCCCAAAGGCUCCAAUUACUGGAGAAACAGAGUAUUAAAGGUGGCGUCGCAGUACAAGGAUCAUGGCCUGCACUUCUCAGUGGCUAACCGGCAAGACUUUCUGGACGAGCUUGAAGAAGAGUACGGUCUGGGCACGACGGAAGGGAGCGACAUGCCGUUCGUCACCGUCAGGACUCGAUUAGGACACAAAUACACCAUGCGAGAGGAGUUCACGCGAGAUGGAAAGUCUUUAGAAAGGUUUUUGGAGGAUUAUUUGGCAGGCAGACUGAAGCGUUAUGUAAAAUCAGAGCCUGUACCCACUAACAACAACGGACCAGUCAAGGUGGUCGUCGCGGACACGUUUGAGGAGAUUGUGAACGAUCCAGAGAAGGAUGUACUGAUUGAAUUUUAUGCUCCGUGGUGUGGCCACUGCAAGAAACUCGAACCGAAAUAUACAGAGCUCGGACAGGAGCUUUCCAGUGAUCCCAGCAUCGUGAUUGCCAAGAUGGACGCCACUGCCAACGAUGUCCCUCAAGGCUAUGAUGUAGAAGGAUUUCCCACGAUAUAUUUUGUUCCUGCUUUGAGGAAGAAUGAACCGAGGCGAUAUGAGGGUGGCCGUGAAGUCAAGGACUUCCUCAGCUUCUUGAAACGGGAAGCGACCAGCCCCUUGGUGCUUAAAGGAGUGAAGGAAGAAUUGUGAUGUAUCACGAAUGCGAAGGGGAUGCUGGGAAAUGUGGUUUGUUUCAUCCGUCUCAUUCGUCCGGUUGUGCGAUAAUGAAGGUCACACGGGUCCUCCAGAUGUUCAGCCAUACAUAUCGGUUUAGGAAGGUGACGAGAUGAACAUGAGAAGCACCAAAGUGUCGUGUUUCAUAUUCACGAAUCACUUCUCAGGAAGUGUGUAGCAGCCUGGGAAAACCCUUCGUAAAGCCAUUACGUUUUUGGGAUUUUUUUUUUUUUUUUUUACAGGCUUUCCCGAACCGAAAUGAUUUAUAUUAUGCAAGUUUCCUAACUACAGGUAAAGUUAUAAAACACUUGGGCGGCGUGCUGUUCUAGGAAAAUAAUCAAGAACUGAGACGUGGUCCGAUGUGAAGCCGAAUUACCGCUAACCCCCUAAAUUAGUAUAUUAUAAACAACAACAACAACAACUCUGACAAAUCUCCACCGCAGCUACAAUUUGAUGGAUUUUCCCAGACCGCCACACGAAUACAUUUGAGUUUGCCAUGGAAAACCUUUUGUAGACUGGAUGAACUUUUGGAGGUCCCUGUGGUCUUAUACUGUUCCACUGAUGCUGUUCCCGCACCACCUUGCUGUACUCUUUUACCUCAUCCAUUCAUAAGUCCACGAGUCACGCCCAUAGACUGCACGUUAGGCCAUGUUGUACAUUUAUUCAUUUCUUUUUUUUUUAUAUAUAAAGUGAAUAUUUCUCUGUGAUACUCCUGAUUAAAUGAAUCUGAUUUGAUUAUUUA